AGCACAGCGACCUCCCAAACCCCAGCCGCCUCCGCCGCCGCUCGCCGGAGUUGACCGGGUGUUGACCGGGCGGCGAUGGACCCGCGCUUCCCGCCGCCGGCCGCGCCGCCGCGGGGGCACCACCGGAGGGCGCACUCGGAGACGUUCAUCCGGCUGCCCGACGCCGACCUGCUGCUCGACCCGGACGGGGACUUCGGCUUCUCCGACCUCGACUUCCCCUCGCUCUCCGACGACUCCCCCGCGGCGUCCGACCCGACGCCGCCUCUCCCGCCUAUGGUGCCGCCGCCGCAGCACCAGCAGCAGCAGUCGCCCGCGUCGGCGCCGCGGCCGCCCGGCGGGGCGCACAUGAGGAGCCUCUCCCUCGACGCCGCCUUCUUCGAGGGGCUGCCGUUCCAGGGAGGGAUUGGGGGCGGUGCUGGGCAUAAGAGGAGCGGGUCCAUGGAUGGGGAGAGCUCGCUGUUCGAGGGCGAGUCCGCGCCGCCGGACUACGCCAAGAAGGCUAUGCCCGCUGAUAGGCUCGCCGAGCUCUCGCUCCUCGACCCCAAGCGCGCGAAAAGGAUUCUGGCCAACAGGCAAUCAGCGGCGAGGUCGAAGGAGAGGAAGAUCAAGUACACCAGUGAGCUGGAGAAGAAGGUGCAGACGCUGCAGACAGAGGCAACGACGCUUUCAACACAGCUCACGCUUCUUCAGAGGGACACGUCUGGCCUAACUGCUGAGAACAGAGAGCUCAAACUUCGGUUGCAGUCCAUGGAAGAACAAGCUAAACUUCGAGAUGCUCUGAAUGAUGCCCUAAGAGAAGAAGUUCAGCGGCUUAAGAUAGCAGCAGGUCAAGUUCCAAACAUGAAUGGAAACUCCUUCAACGGAGGAAUGCAGCAUCAGCAGCAGCAGAUGCCGACCUACUUCUCGCAACCACAGCAGAUGCACUACUUAGGUGGCCACCAGGGUCGGCAUCACCACCCAAACAAUUCACAUAGCUCUUUGAACGGAGGCCAGUCGAUGAGCGGCCAGACCCUAAACGACUCCAUGGAUUUCAUGUGAGGACUGAAGCACGCCAAGUUGCACGCUAACUGCAACUCAAUGUACUGUAAAGAAUAGCUGAUGUAUACCAUAUUGCAUAUGAAUCAAUCUGUAGGGUUAGCUUGCUGAUCUUUGUAUCAUUCACUCAAAAUGGCCAUUCACAUGCUCGGCCCAUCAUCUGCUUCGUUUCUUAGGGGUUAUGCCUUAGCCUGAAGAUUGAAAGAACUCUGUUUAACAUGUUGCCCGCCAUGGUUGUUUUUGUAAAGAUGUUGCUAUAGUGAAUGGAAUGGUUCUGAUUGAAACA